AUGUUUGCUGGCCGUGGGGUCUGGCGCCUUGGCCGGGUGACAGGAGCCCAGAGGAGGGGUGAUGGGCAGGACCACCCAUCGUUCGACCGGCCGCAGGCGAGCCUGGCUUUUUGGAGGCUGCUCUAUGCUCUUCUGAAACAGAUCCACGGGGGCAAGUGGACCGAGGCUGAUGCCAUAGAUCACCAAAUUAGGUUUGUAAAGUCAGCACUGUGGUACCAUGGCUAUGGCAGAACAGAACUAUAUCGGCUCCCCUCCGACGGCUCAGCGGGCAGUCGGGAGCUGCUGCUGGCAUUUUCCUGGCUGCUGCACAGACUCGGCCUCUUGGAGCAAAUUUUGGCUCGGAACAGAGUAAAGACUGGGGAUGAAACUUCUGUGUGCACGUGUGAAGAUGAUCUGCUUAGCAGCCAGGAAGGUACAAAUGAAACAGCGCCUGAGUAUGGACUAGAAGACAGGGUGGAUGUUCGAUACCUUCAGUGGUUAAAUGGGAGGCUGAGGUUCCAGUGGCGGAGUUUGCAUGCUCAGCACCAAGAGCAAUGCAAACUUUUGCACAAGAUCCAUUUAUUCACUAGUGGCUCCCAUAUGGACCAGAGUCUUGGACAUUUUUCUGUCACAGAAACAGAUCUCAUUAGACAGCCAGAGAACUACAAGCAGAUGUUGCAGCUUCUGGAGUCUGAAACCAUGCAACUAGAAGCCUUUCUGGAGUGGAAGCAACUGGAACCAGUUUAUUGGCAGUGGAUGGAAACAGUGUUAGAUAAUAUGGCUGAAGAGGGAAAUACGUGCAAGUCCCAGGGUGCUCAUGUGGAGAGGAGUGAGCUGCCAAAGGCAACCUCCUGCUGCCCCUGGGCUGAGAGUCUGACUGGGCACAUUGACAGAUUAUCCAGAGAUCUGAUGACUCUCCGUGACCAGCUGCAUGAGCUUGUAACCCGCCGGAAGGCUGCUUGGUGUGAGAAGGUGAAAAGAAGAGAGGAAGAACUACAGAAGGAGGGGUUCUCUACUGCUGCUAGAAAGAUACAGGAAAGUGUUGAACUAAAACUGCUAGAUCUUGCACACCUUUGUGCUCCAAAGAAAAAUAGAAUGCAUGGUUCUUGCAGACUGGUGUUCAGAAGCAAACAUCUUGCCAGCAAAACAGGCUUCAGGAGGUCUGUAUGUAAGGAGCCUGUUUCAGCUGUCAGUGCUGCAGAGGUGAUCAGAGAGCUGCAGAUGAGAGAGGCCAGCCUGGAGAGAGAGCUGAAGCAGCUGCAGGAAGAGUGCAGGCAGAGGCUGGAGGAAAUUGCAGAAGGGUUGGAUGGAGUGAUUUGUAUCUCCCCUUGA